AUGCAGUGGGAAUUUGAGAAAUCCCCAGACUCAGUCACCUUUCUCUUCUCCAUCACGUACACUAUCGCCAUCGUAUUUUCAAUUGCAUCCUGUUGUAGAUUGGACAAUGUCAGGACAAAGGUGUGGGUGGCCCUUGGUGGGGUGCUGACCACUGGCCUGGCCGUCUUGAGUGGAUUUGGAGCGCUGCUGUGGCUGGAACUACCCUUCGUAAUGACUGCUGCAUCAUGUCCUUUCAUGUUGCUAGGUAUUGGCCUUGAUGAUAUGUUCAUUAUGAUCUCGUGCUGGCAGAAGACACUUGUUACAGACAGCGCUCCGGUGAGAUUAUCCCAAACCUACAGAGAAGCAGCCAUCUCCAUCACCAUCACCUCCCUCACCGAUGCGCUGGCUCUCUUCCUGGGCUACUUCUCUCCGUUCGGUUCAUUGGAGUGGCUGGCUUUAUGUCUCUUUGGGGUGUAA